CCUUCUGGCCCUCCUGGCCUGCUCGAACACCGUGGGUCAGAAUAUGUCAGCAGUAUGACUAAUCGCGCGGCUGAGUAAUUGGUGAAAAACUGCUCUCAGUUAUGCCAGCAAGCAACCAUCACCACCACAGACCCAUGCCAGGCCCGCGCACUAGCCACCAUCUAGUCCGCGGGCAACCGAUCCUCUGAGGUCGAUCCGGGGUUGCGUUCUUAUUCCCGCACCCCAGCCGGAACUGGCCUCGCCCGUUGCUCCUUUAUACCCGUGUUUGAUCCGCCGAGGCCUACGCGGCCGAACCGUUUAAGCGCGGAACAGGAACGGCUCGGUGUUUGCGAUCCGAGCCCACUGUGCAGGUGCAGCAAACUAUUUGUCAGACCCGAUGAUGUCUGGCUUAGUUGACUAAUCGGAACGAUAUAUAAAUAACGGUUGCCCCCAGGGUUACAAUUAUUAUAACCACUGCCAUUGUCACACUUUCCAAUGAGUAACAUGUCUUUUGCACAAUCGUACAUCCUUGCCUCCAAGGUAAGGACCAAGCUCACUAAAGAAGCCGCCAACCCACGCUCCAGCUUGCGCAACUUGGUGAUGCAGGCCAACAUGCUAGACAACAUCAUGGACCACAUCAGCGAAGAAACGCACAAGCGCAGCAUCUUGAAGAAGGAGAAGGAGAUGAGUGCGUCAGCACACACAUCGGUGACGUUUUCCGUGCCCAACGCCCGCCGUGAAGAAGCCACAUCUGUGACUGAAUAUGAAGUCGGAUCCGACAGCGACGACGACGACGAGAUCGACUACGAGUACCACGAGUCGGACGACAGCGACUUCAGCGACAGCGACGAGGACGACUACUACUACUCGUCGGACGAGGAGGAUGAAGAAGAAGACGCCAUUGCACAGGCCACUGUGGUGCGGGUGUCCAGCUUCAAGGAGCUCCCCAGCAUGAACUUGUCGCUUUCCAGGAUUGAGGAAGAAGAUGGGCUCUGCCGCACGUUGUCGUUGACCGACGACGAGGAGGAAGAGGAAUUGGACUCCCAGCACAAGCGCAACUUCACACACACCGCACAUGGCGCUGGCGCCUACAACUCGUUGGACGAAGUCGUGGAUGCUUCCCACAAGACCCCCAGAACUGGUGCCAGCGUGCCUGCCAGCUUGUUUGAGCACCAGCCGGCCCAGUCCCACUCACACUCCAGAAACAACGCUAUUUACUCCAUGGAGCACAUCUUUUAGCACCCAUACCCCUUCAUGACUUACGACUUAUAGAUUACGCUAAUAUAUUUAAUAGAACAGCAAAGAUGUAGAGGAAACUGCCAAUUCCAUGCUGAAGUUUUGUGACUGCUAGUGCGUAUAACAUGCUAAACUCACUGACUUGCCAUGGCCUGGUCCAUGAAGCCACUGUAAUGUCGGGGCAUCGGACUACCACGGUCGGAUUCACCGCGGCCUAACGCCGCUUAGCUCCCUGAGAUCCGUGU